UUUUAUUAUUAUUUCAACGACACCUCACAUCUUUUGUUAAUUUGAUAAAGCCAGAGACCAAACAAAGUCUUUCUGUUAUUCUAUGUUUCAGUGUUUUUGUUUACUCAAUAUAUAUUAAAUAAGGUUAUAUCAGAAAACUUGAGGAAAAUGGAAAAUUUCCCGACUUUUGUAUUUUUCUUCAAUUGAAUUUCAGUAUAUUUUAAUCCUUAGAAUGUCAUCAAAUGAAUCAUUUUGUUCAAGUGAAACAGAAAAAAAACAUAAUUCUUCAGAAUGUAAAAAUAAUAUCGAAAAUUCCGAGUUGUCAACUUCUAGCACAUCUGGUGGAAAUCGGAAUACCCACUAUCCAGGUGAUGGGAAUGGUGAGAGGCAAGAGAUGAAGAUCGAAAUCUCAGAUGUUUGUGUAGGUCAUUCGACUGAGGAGGAAAUAGUCCAGUUAAAAAUUGAAAAUGAUAGCAGAUCUAUUGUAAACGGGAGUGAGUCGCUUAGUUCCAACUUUAAAAGUGAGGAAAAUUAUGAUAUUAAAGUCAGUGAUUCUAAUAAUUUUAUAGACCAGGUUCAGUAUUCUGAUUAUGCAAAAGAAGAACAGGGAGAUUCUCAAAUACUUUUGAAUGGUGAUAUAGAUCAACAGAGAUGUCACUUAUGUGAAUAUACUACUACAACGGAAAAAUCUCUCAAACAACAUAUCCAGUGUAUUCAUUUACAAUUGAAGAAACACAAAUGUGACUCAUGUGAUUUUGCGACAAGUUAUAAAUCUUAUCUUGAACGUCAUGUAAAUUCUGUCCAUUUAAACUUGAGAAAACAUAAAUGUACCUUGUGCAACUAUGCUGGAAAUGACAAAAAAUACCUCAAAGAUCAUAUAAACUCUGUCCAUUUGAAUAUGAAGCAGCACAAAUGUGACUUAUGUGAUUAUGCUGCAAUGAAAAAAAAUCAUCUGAGAGAUCACAUCAAUUCUGUUCAUUUGAAUAUGAAAAGACAUAAAUGUUCUUUGUGUGAUCAUGCGGUAUAUCGAAUUAGGGACCUCAAUAAUCAUAUGAAUUCUGUUCAUUUGAAUGUGAGACAGCAGAAAUGUCACUUAUGUGAUUAUGCUGCAAAUCAUAAAACAGACCUCAAAAAUCAUAUAAAUUCCAUUCAUUUGAAUAUGAAACAGCACAAAUGUGGCUUAUGUGAUUAUGCUGCAAUUCAAAAAGGUCAUCUGAAAGCUCAUGUAAAUUCUGUUCAUUUGAACUUGAGGAAAUAUCAAUGUGCUUUGUGCGAUUAUACUGGGAAUAAAAAAAGUGGCCUAGAAAAUCAUUUAAAUUCCUUUCACUUGAAUGUGAAGCAACACAAAUGUGACUUAUGUGAUUUUGCGACCAAUCAUAAAUCUUAUCUCGAACGUCAUGUGAAUUCUGUUCAUUUGAACUUGAGGGAACAUAAAUGUACUUUGUGCAACUAUGCUGCAAAUGAAAAAAAGCAGCUCCAAAAUCAUAUGAAUUCCAUCCAUUUGAAUUUGAAAGAAAAAUGUGCCUUCUGCGACUAUUCUGCUAAUUCUAAAGCAACCCUCAAAAACCAUACUUAUUCCGUUCAUUUGAAUCUCAAGGAGCACAAAUGUGGCGUAUGUGAUUAUGCUGCAAUUCAUAAAAGUCACCUUAGAACUCACAUAAAUUCUGUUCAUUUAAAUAUGAAGAGACAUAAUUGCGAUUGGUGUGAUUAUGGAGCUUAUCAGAAAAAGAACCUCAAAAGACAUAUAGAUUCUGUUCAUUUAAAUGUGAGACAAAAAAAAAAGUGACAAAAAACAUAUUAUGCCGUUCAUUAAAAUUUGAAUGUAGCUUAUAUAAUUUUGCCUCAAUUCAAAAAAGUUAUUUCAAAACACAUGUAAAUUCUGUUCAUUCAAAAAUUAAGUAGAAUAUCUAUUCAUUCAAAAAUUAAGUAGAAUAUCUAUGUCCCUUCAUAAGUGUGUUGUGAAUUAAAAAGGGACUUCAAAAAUAAUGUGAAGUAGCAAUUAUGUGAUUUUGCUUCGAAUCCAAAAGCAGUGGAUGUAGAUUAUAUAUAUAGAUAUAUCAAAAAGCAAAACCUGACUUGUAUAAAUUUGAAUGUAAAGCUGCAUAAUUUUUUAGUUUGUAUCAAAACGGUUGUACUGUAUAUGUAUUUAUGCAUGCAUAAUGAUAAUGUUUCUUCAAAAUAAACAUAAUUAUGAAAAUAGAAGAAUAAUCAUUAAAUAAAUGUCAAAGAGGAACAAAUUGAAAA